UCGUGAGUAGUGUGCGUUGGAACGGAGCCGAAUAAAUAAAAAUAAAAAAAUAUAAAAAAGGGGGCCACCCGCCAUUGUGUGUGAUUUUGGUCAGUGAGGACGGACGGACGGACGGGCGGACGAAUGGACGGUACGGGACGGUAUCAGGGGACGACGGGCUCAUAGGCGAGCAUCCAACCAACGCUACGCACUAUUCCCUUGUCGCGGUGUCGGUGUUGAGCAACUCGCAGCUCGCGAGUCCCCACAUCACCCACCGAAAAGUGGUUCGCGGCGAAAAGGAUUAACGUUUGCGGACGACAUUUUGGUUUCGCCCAACCUCCCGCCAAACCAGCCAGCUAGCUAACGUUUUGUGUGUGCUUUCGGCGGCAAGAAGGCGCCAAAAAAGUGAAGGUGUGUUUUUUGUGGUCGAAGUGAAUCGCUCAAUCUAUGAUCGCGCACAGUUCAAGAGGUGAUCUUCGUUGGCCGGCGUUGUAGAGAUCACAGCAGCAGCAGCAGCAGCAGCGAAGACAAGGAAGAAUAGGUGAAACGCGUUUCAAGAUCAAUCAACUUCAAUCAAGUGCUUGUUAAAAGUGCGGGUGUGUGCCCCGUGAUUGAGGUGGUGGUAAGUCGCGUGGCCAGGCAAGUCAGGCAGCAGGCAAACUCAGGUCUUCCUUAAAACACAGACGGCAACAUCUGAAGUACGGCCGUUCGGCCGUUGGCAACAAACGUUUGAGAGGAUGAAGUGGCACCUUGAGUAGCGUGAUAUUGCGAGCGGCACAACCGACAAGUGGCGUCAAUUGGCGGCGUGAUAUUCGACACCACGGAAGAGACAAAGAGAGAGAGAGAGAGAGAGACAGUCACGUUGCCAGCACGCUGCAUCUGAGGUGCACCGGCGUAUGUUGCUGAACAACCCCGAAUAACUCCGGUACCGUGCCAGUUGGCUGUCGCUUGUUUAGUGACUGAAUCUGUAGACAGUAGUCUCAUGAGUAGCGGCGGCGGCCUCGAAAUCAUUCCAACGAUGGAACAGCUUCCCGCCUUGUGGCCCCAGGAUGGUGAACCCUUCUGUGAUAUGCUCAGUGGGCAGGAGCAGCAGGAACGCAGGCUAACGACGCUGACGCUUUCCAGCACUAGCAACAUAUCGGCGGAAACCUACGAGCAGUUCGAUGUGGGAGGUGAAUCCAAGUGUCCGCUACCGCUGAUGGCCAAAUCGACUGAGCUGACCGUCGUGGUGGACACACCCAACAAUCGUGCCCGGGUGGCUCUGGGAGUGCUGAUCCGGCUAAUGCUCCCCCUAACACAUGGUGUCGCACGUGGCUGGAAGGGACUUCGGGGGUUGAGUGUGCUCGCGAUGCUCCGCAAAGUGCGCGAAAGUCAUGGCCUUCUGACGACGCUGUUCGCGUUCGCCGCCAACACCGUCUCGAUGAGCCUUUCUUCGGUGCAAGUGGCCCACCGUAUCGAUCCGUUGCUGCGUGUGAUCAAGCUACGCAAGGAUUCGGCGACGACCGCCAUCAAGGCAUCGCCAUUGGCACUGCAGGGCGUGAGCAGCAAUCAGGAACUAGCCGUAAUCCGAGUGCCACGCCAUUUACCGGAGAAGUGUGUCGAUUUAGUGGUGCUCGCUGAACCACCGCCCGGGGUACCGAUCCGGGCGGACAUUGUGCUGAUCCACGGUUUACACGGUUCGCUCGUCAACACCUGGAAGCAGGGCCUGUGGAACAGUGAGGGACGGUUGGUGAACUUCGAGCGUCCUCCGAAACCCCCGUUGCGACCACCGAAACGACAGCGACAUUCGAGGUCCAAUCUAUUCGCGCCACCGCACGUCUCCAAGAGACCGAAGUUUGAUGCACCGGAUGGGAUGUGCGCACGUGAUCAGCAAUCAUCUCCUGACACCGAUUACGACGAAUCACGGUCCUCGUCGUACGAGUUCGCUCACAAGCGUUAUACGUACGAGUGCGGGGAACCGGAGGAGGUACACUUUGCCGACGAUCUGGAGUACAGCUUUCCGACCUUCCGGUUGCGCAUCGAGGAGGAUAACCGGAGUGGUGCCAGUGUGCCGGGAUCGGCAGCCAUCGAUGGAAGCAGCGCCAACAGCAGCAGCAGCAUUGGUGGUAAGAGAAAACUACCGAAACCGAAGAAGGAUGCCAACUGGUCGCCUUGCUGGCCAGGGGACUGGUUACCACUGGAUUGUCCCGGAGUGCGGGUGAUUGCUUUGAACUACACCACUGACCCGUACCUAUGGCGCCCCGUUUGGAUCACCAAAAGGAAUCGCUCAUCUUUAGUGGAUCGGGCGCGUGAGAUGAGUGAUCUGCUGAUAGCCAAUGGUGUGGGCCGUGGUCAUCCGAUCGUUUGGGUUGGUCACUCGAAGGGUGGCAUCUUCAUCAAGCAGAUUCUGGUCGAUGCAUGGGAAAGUGGACGACCGGCUGCCGAGCCACUGUGGCGUAUGUCCCGGGGCACCUUCUUCUACUCCGUACCUCACCGAGGUUCGCCGUUGGCGGACUUUAACCUUCCAUUGCUGCGCCAAUCGGUGGAAUUGCUGGAAAUACAGAAAAAUUGCCCAAGUAUUCUGGAGCUGCACAGUCGCUUCGUAGCCCUGUAUCACAGUGGCCAGCUGAAGAUCGACGUGUUUAGCUUCGUGGAGACAGCACUUACGCUUAUGUCCGUACUGUACCUGCGCAUUGUCGGGAUCGAUUCUGCAGAUCCUGGCAUCGGAGAGGUCUGUGGAGUGCAUCUGGAUCAUCGGGAGAUAUGUAAACCGCGCAGUCGGAAUUGCAUUCUGUAUACGGAACUGGUCAAGAUGAUAAAUCGUGUCAGUUAGAUGCCUCCGUAAAGUGUCCGAUGGUCUAGGUUAACUGUAGCAGUAGUGUUGUAUUUUUUGUUUUGUCGAAGACCCAAGACGCAGCUGGUUCCAGCGAGUGAGCGAGUACAAUCGGUUGAUCCUCGGGAUUAGAAGGACGCAGCAGCAGCAGCAAGUUGGAUAUUUGUUUUAAAAUAUUUUACUCGUUUAAUAAGUGAACCCUAGCGUUACCAGCUAUUUGUGUAGUAAUAGCCACAUCAUACCUCAUCACGUAACGAUGGAAGGAUAAUAGAAGUCAAGUGUGUACUGGUUGUUACUGGGCUCAUGUUACCACCGAGGACGACUGCAGGCGUCGAUGUCGUCACACGUAUAGAUGGAUUCAUCCUGUUUUUGUUAGAUGUAUUCAGUUUAUGUUGUUAGUUUUGUAUUCAAAGUCCUAGGGCUUUUGUAUGCGCGUGUUAUGUCACAAUCCCGUAAGAACGUGAACAACAUAACAAUAUUCUAAUCCUAAGUCAACAGUGAAGCUGCUGCAGCAAACAAUAAUUACCUAAUUUGGGUGGCAUUCGGAUCGGUGCGUUGGUUGUGUGUCAGCAAAGCUGUCGCUCAUAUGACCAGCGGAGGGUAGGAGUUUUUGGAAGGAAAGAAGGAGUUAUAAGGGAACUAAGACACUGCAGACACUGCAGACAUUGGCCAGGAGCCAUACGCAAGCCACACAAUAGCCUACUUUGUGAUAAUCUGUUAAGCAUAGUUGAGUGAACAACAUAAUGUGCAUUCUUACUCCCUUCAAACACGUGUAAAUUGUCGAACGAUCGGAAUGGAGGAUAAAAUGUGAAAAAAGUGAUAA